AUGUCAUGUCAACAUCCAAAUUGUUUUUAUCCUAUUCAUUCUAUGUGUACAAACCAUUGUCAUUGGUCUCUCUGUGAAGAACAUAUAAAUGAACAUCGAAAAUCACUUGUAACCGAAUUUGAAGAACUACUAAAAAAUUUAAUUAAUCCAACAAAUGAAUUAUCAAAUUUAAUGGAAGCAAGAAAACAAAGUUUAACUAUAGAACAACAUAAACAACUUGAUUAUCUUAAACAAUCUUAUAAAAAGCAAAUAAAUAAAUUUGAACAACCAUUAAUUAUGAUAAAUAGAUUUCAAGAACAACAUAAUCAAAUAUAUAAACAUUUAAUUCAAAUAAAAACUAAUGAAAUUUUAUUAACACAAAAUGAUUUUCAACCAAUUGAUAUAUUAUCAAAAGAAAUAAAUCAAUAUAAAGAUUCUUUAAAAGAUAAAGAAGAAAAUAGAGUUGAUUUACAACAAACACAAAUUCUACAUAAACAAUGUCCAUUAAUAAGUUUAAAUAUCUAUGGUUUAUUAUCAUCACAUAAUGUACGUUUAUGUUCUCCGAAUAGAAAAAUUGAAUAUUUAUUUAAACAUUUGUGUAAUUAUCAUCAUCUGACAUGUCAUUAUGCAAAUGAAUUAAUCAAAGCCAUUGAACUUAAUUUAGAUCCAAUACAAACAAAAAUAUUUCCUUCGAAUACAAAAAUAACUACUAUUAAUGAUAAACAACCAUGUCCAUUAUAUAAUGCACCAAAAGAAAGUGGAAUUCGUUCUACACCAUGUUCAACUAUGGUUACGGAAAAAUUCUUACCAGUACAUUUACAAAUUGUUCAUCGUCUUCGAUCACCACAAAUCAAGGAACUUAUAAAAAAGAAUUGA